UACACUCGUAUAUGUCCUUAUUAAACCACAAGUUCAACCAACAUCCAAAAAAACCCAUAUAAAUCAUACAAACCCAUAUAAAACCCAUUUUUUAUAGAACACCCACCGGACUACCACCACCACCACACAGAUGGACUUCCGCGGCGGAUCUCCCUCCUCUUCCACCACCUCCUCCUCCCAAAACCACCAGAACAAUAACGGCAUCACCGCCCUAACCACCACCGAUCCAAUGCACUCCUGGUGGGAAUCCAUCUCCAAAGCCCGAUCUCGCAUCCACUCAUUAUCCACACUCUUACCCGAACACACUCCAAACCCGAUCUCCUCACUCGCCGACUCCGACGCGCCUGCACGCUCCCUCCUCUCCUCAAUAACCGCUUACACCGCCGUUUCCCUCUCUCUCUCCUCCCCCUCCUCCGGCUCCGGCGACGAUCCUCUCUGCAACUGGCUCUAUGACACCUUCCUCUCCUCCGAUCCAGACCUCCGCCUCGUUGUCCUCUCAUUUAUCCCCUUAAUCGCCGGUUUAUACCUCUCGCGCGUUCACUCUCUUCAAACCCUAACUCCGUCACUCGCCGGAUUCGAAGCGGUUUUACUCGCGGUUUACUCGUCGGAGACUAAGUCACGCGCUGGUAAGGCGGUGGUGAUUUCUAUACCUGAUCUGUCUCAACCGUCGUUGUAUCAUACGCCUAGGGUUAGGGUUCCGGUUAGUAGUUCGAAGAAGAAACCUGAUUCGGCGAAAAUAAACCCUAGUUCUUCGUCGAAAACGGUUCGGCAGACGGUUGGGGUGUUGUCUGCUCCGUUGGAGCCGCAGACGGCGAUUAAGUCAACGAAGCGUGCGGUUAUUGUGGGAGUUGUGUUGGAUUGUUAUUAUAAGGUUGUUUCUCAGAUGCCUAGCUGGUCUAAGCUGGAUUUCUGUAGGUUUGUUAAGGAUUGGGCCGGGCAGGAUUGCGUUUGUAAGUCGGAAUUCGAUCAAAAUGAGCAGAAUUCGGAGGCGGUUGACUUUUCGAAUGGUGUUGGUGAGGAUGAGAAUCAUGAGAUUGAAAUUGAGGGGAAUGUGGUUGACAAUAUGAAGAGUUUGGAGAUUCGGGAUGACGAUGAGAAUUUGGAAAAUUGUGGGGCUAGAGGGACUAGAAUUUUGCUUCCAUGGGAGUUGGUUCAACCGAGUUUGAGAAUUUUAGGGCAUUGUUUGUUGGGGCCAUUGAAUGCGAAUGAUGUGAAGGAUGCAGCGUCGUUGGCGGUGCGGUGUUUGUAUGCUCGGGCAUCACAUGAUUUGGUUCCGCAGGCGAUUUUGGCUACCAGGAGUUUGAUUCAGCUGGAUAAGAGGUCUCGUGAAGCAGCUGCGAUGGUUGCAGCGUCGGCUGCUAAUACUGCGGGGUCGAAUGCUAAUACGCCGAGUAAAGCGAAGAAGCCGGAGAUCCUUUUGGUGUCAAAGUGAAACCAGAGUAUGUAUUUUGUUUUAAUUCGGAAUAUUUUUUGUUUGUUUUGUUGAUUAUAUAGUGUUUGAGCUUGUUGUAGCGGUAGAGGUAUAAUCUGUGUUAUUGAUAACUAUAUAUAUAUUUGAUUUGUCAACUUAAAAGAAAUUGGUGUUUGUUAUCUUGAUUCUUUGAGGUAAAAUUUGAAAUGCAGGGUGUUAUGAAAAAAA